AUGUUGCGUAUGGGGAUCAAGUUGCCAUGCAAAUCUCCCAAGUACUUGGCCACUGUGAACCACACGGAUACGCGCACGGAGCCGCGAUGCGCGGGGCCGUACGCUGACAGUGCGCCCCAAGGUGGGGGCAUGGCACUAUCGAGCAAUCCGACGGGUAAGGGCUAUGAAGGUAGGAUCUCCGAUGAAAGGGGCAAGGAAUACUCAUUCUUGUUUGAGUUUUCGGACUUCUUUGAAGAUGAGGAAUACACAUUUCCAUUAGAGUUUCUGGGAUACUUUGAAGAUGUGGAGGCCACCAAACUCGUGGACGAGCACUUGCCAACCAAGUACAAAGGUCCACCUUUGUUUGAAGACGAGUUCAAAGAUGUGCCAGAGUAA